GCAAGAAGUGUGUAGACAGUCCCAGUGUUGUGGAGAAGGGAGGGUAUUGGGGGGAGUAAAUAAAGGAGACGCGGGCGGAGCUAACUGCGUGUGCAGAGCAGGACAUGGAGGAACGCGGGUCACCCGACGGGGAUCUCGCGCGAAGCCUGGAGCAAGGGCCAGAGGGGCCGGAAACGCCCAUCCAGGUGGUGCUCAGGGUACGUCCCAUGAGCGCGGCCGAGCUACGUCGAGGGCAGCAGAGCGUGCUGCACUGCUCAGGGACCCGGACUCUGCAGGUGAGCCCUCCAGGCGGGGGUCCCGAAGUGGCGUUCCGUUUCGGUGCGGUGCUAGACGCGGCGUGCACGCAGGAGGACGUGUUCCGGGCGUGCGGUGUGCGGCGCCUGGGGGAGCUGGCGCUGCGCGGCUUCUCCUGCACUGUCUUCACCUUUGGCCAGACGGGCUCCGGGAAGACCUACACCCUGACUGGACCCCCUCCCCAGGGAGAGGGGGUGCCCGUACCCCCUAGCCUGGCUGGCAUCAUGCAGAGGACCUUCGCCUGGCUGUUAGACCGCGUGCAGCACCUGGGUGCCCCUGUCACCCUUCGCGCCUCUUAUCUGGAGAUCUACAAUGAGCAGGUUCGGGACUUGCUGAGCCUGGGGUCUCCCCGGCCCCUCCCUGUUCGAUGGAACAAGACUCAGGGCUUCUACGUGGAGCAGCUGCGGGUGGUGGAAUUUAGGAGUCUGGAGGCCCUGAUGGAACUUUUGCAAAUGGGUCUCAGCCGUCGAAGGAGCUCAGCACACACCCUGAACCAGGCCUCCAGCCGAAGCCAUGCCCUGCUCACCCUUUACAUCAGCCAUCAAACUGCCCAGCAGAUGCCUCCUGUGGACCCCGGGGCACCCUGUGUUGGUGGGAAGCUGUGCUUUGUGGACCUGGCAGGCAGCGAGAAGGUUGCAGCCACGGGAUCCCGUGGGGAGCUGAUGCUUGAGGCCAACAGCAUAAACCGAAGCCUGCUGGCCCUGGGUCACUGCAUCUCCCUGCUGCUGGACCCACAGCGGAAGCAGAGCCACAUCCCUUUCCGGGACAGCAAGCUCACCAAGUUGCUGGCAGACUCACUGGGAGGGCGUGGGGUCACCCUCAUGGUGGCCUGCGUGUCCCCCUCAGCCCAGUGCCUUCCUGAGACUCUCAGCACCCUGCGAUAUGCAAGCCGAGCUCAGCAGGUCACCACCCGGCCGCAGGCCCCCAAGUCUCCUGUGGCAAAGCAGCCCCAGCGUUUGGAGACAGAGAUGCUGCAGCUCCAGGAGGAGAACCGUCGCCUGCAGUUCCAGCUGGACCAAAUGGACUGCAAGGCGUCAGGGCUCAGUGGGGCCCGGGUGGCCUGGGCCCAGCGGAACCUGUACGGGAUGCUACAGGAGUUCAUGCUGGAGAAUGAGAGGCUCAGGAAAGAAAAGAGCCAGCUGCAGAAUAGCCAAGACCUGGUCCGGAAUGAGCAGCGCAUCCUGGCCCAGCAGGUCCAUGCACUAGAGAGGCGCCUCCUUUCUGCCAGCUACCGUCACCAGCAGGGCCCUGGCCUGACCCCGUGUCCCUGUUUGAUGGCCCCAGCUCCCCCUUGUCACGCACUGCCACCCGUCUACUCCUGCCCCUGCUGCCACAUCUGCCCACUGUGUCGAGUGCCCCUGGCCCACUGGGCCUGCCUGCCAAGGGAGCGCCACCUGCCCCAGGUGUUGGACCCUGAGGCCUCAGGUGGCAGGCCCCCAUCUGCCCGGCCCCCACCCUGGGCACCCCCAUGCAGCCCUGGCUCUGCCAAGUGCCCAAGAGAGAGGAGUCACAGUGACUGGACUCAGACUCGAGUCCUGGCAGAGAUGUUGAUGGAGGAGGAGGUGGUACCUUCUGCACCCCCCAUGCCCGUGAGGCCCCCAAAGACAUCACCAGGUCUGAGAGGUGGGGCUGGGGUUCCAAACCUGGCCCAGAGACUGGAGGCCCUCAGAGACCAGAUUGGCAGCUCCCUGCGACGUGGCCGCAGCCAGCCACCCUGCAGUGAGGGUGCACGGAGCCCAGGCCAAGUCCUCUCUCCCCGUUGAAGGCCAAAUGGGAACCCAGGAGACUGCUGUGUGACCUCGGACUGGGCUCUGUGCUCUUGGGCCUCAGUCUCCCCAUCUGCCGAAUGGAGACACAGCAGCUACUCCACCUGAAGCUGGGCUGGGGCGGGGCCUGGGGGUGCUAUUUAGGGGAGCAAGGGGAUUCAGGAGAAACCAGGCAGCAGGGGAUGAAGUACAUGAAUAAAGAGAGGCAUCAGCUCCAA